CCCAGGUAUAAGAAUGCCAAGAGGAGACCACGGUUGCCCACAUGAGUUUCUCCUUGGCUACAUCGAUCCAGCUGGGCUACAUCAAUCUCUGAGCUGUCACGUCAAGCUGGUUGCGGUACCACAAAGUCUUGUGACUGCUAUAAAUUUUUCCUGGCGUCCAGUGUAUACCUUAUACGUCCUUAUCAUCGCCACAUUUGUCGCACACACGGACGGGACGCACACCACGCGCGAUGCUGACACCAAUGAAGACACUUGUUGUCAUGGCAAUCUUUGCUGCCAUCGCGGCAGCGAAGGAGCUUCCGGUGAAUCUGGAGCUCAAGGCCGAGCUCUAUGAUAGUGGGAUCCGCCACGAGCAAAUCAUGGCUCUCAAAAAUCGUGUCUGGAGUGAGUUCGAAGCCCAAGGUGCCUACGACUCCCGCCAGUACAAAAAGUUUUCCGUCAAAAAGGCCAGCGACUUCUACGCCUGCACCAACGGCUUUGCGACCUACAUCCCCAACGACUCACGCUACAGGUUCAGGUGCAAGGAGCUCGACUUGUACGACUUCAAGACCCAUGCCGAGCUAGGGAGCACUCAAGGAAGGGGGGCCGGAUCAUGGGGUUGGACCUCCCCUGACGGAAGAGAAUUCGUCGCCAUUGCCCAGCUGGACGGGACCUCGUUUGCCGAGGUGACCAAGCAAGGCAAGCUGGUGUACCUUGGUCGUCUCCCACAAUACACCACUGCUGAACCGUCUUUGUGGAGAGAGAUCAAGGGGUACAAGAGUUACAUUGUUAUUGGUAGCGAGGCAGAGAAACAUGGAGUCCAGAUAUUCGACUUGGCCAAGUUGCUGACCGUUGACCCAGCGAGUCCCGUGGUCUUCUCCAACCAGAAGGACCUGGCAGGAUGGUGGGGAGAUGCCUUGCCUAUUGGGCGAUCGCAUAAUGUCUUGACCAACGAGGAGCUGAACUACGGUGUGGCUGUGGGAUUCCAGCCCAGGAACUCGACAUACAAGGCAGGGUUGUUGUUCUUCGACCUGACGGACCCUGCAAACCCAACCACACUUGGUGGGUCUGGUGCGGACGGCUAUGUGCACGAUGCCCAGUGCUUGGUGUAUCGUGGUCCGGAUGAGAAGCAUGUUGGCAAAGAUAUCUGCUAUGGGUAUAAUGAGGAUGCGUUGACGAUCUACGACGUAACCGACAAGAAGAACAUCACCAUCAUAUCCACCACCUCUUACGAAGGCGCCAGCUAUACCCACCAGGGAUGGGUCUUGGACACCCAGUGGCAACAAUAUAUCAUUGCUGACGAUGAAUACGACGAAGUCGACGCACGCGGUCCUGCACGUGACGGCUACCCCGUCUCGUACAUCUGGGACAUCAGCUCGCUCGAGAAACCGAAGCAGACGGGACACUACAAGCAUCUGAGAAAGGGAAUCGACCAUAACCAGUUUGUCAAAGAUGGCUUCUCGUACCAGAGCAAUUACGCCCUUGGCAUCAGCGUGCUGGAUUUAAGGUCUGUGCCAAGAGAUCCCACCGGCAAAGGAAUCAAGGAGGUGGCAUACUUUGACACAUACCCCGAGGACGAUCACCUUCCCGGUGGUGGAAAUGUCACAUUCACUGGCACCUGGAGUCACUACCCGUUCUUACCUAGCGGGUUCAUUGUCAUCAACACCAUGGACCGUGGUGCAUUUGUAGUGAAGAAGUCCAAGGGAGCGGCGUGGUAA